AUGGUAGUAUCACUAUUACCACUACACGGGGACUACACUAGUGGCGUUGUUUGCCAGAGCCGCCACGCGGCAGCCGCAACCUUGCCUUGGAGUCAUGGUAUACACAUACUUACAUGUACACCUAUCACCCACUUGGCCACACAGCCCUGUCACCCACCCGAGAUACGCUACUGUCUCGCUCGCUAA